AUGCGUUCCUCAUUGAUAUCCAUCCUGGCCCUGGGCGCCACCGUGACACUUGCUGCCCCGGCCCCCUCUCGCGUAUCCCAAAUGAAGAGAGCCACUUCUUGCACUUUUACCUCAGCUGCCAGUGCGAGUGCGAGCAAGAAGUCUUGCACCACUAUUGUACUGGAUAACAUUGAAGUGCCUGCCGGUGAGACACUUGACCUAACAGACCUGGCGUCUGGUACCAAGGUCAUCUUCAACGGCGAGACUACCUUCGGAUACGAGGAAUGGGACGGGCCUCUGAUCGAGAUCUCGGGAUCCAACAUCAUUGUUGCCGGUACCUCCAACCACACCAUCAAUGGCGGUGGAGAGCGCUGGUGGGAUGGCGAGGGCACCAAUGGUGGCAAGACGAAGCCCAAGUUCUUCUAUGCUCAUGACCUGGAUGACUCAACCAUCACCGGUCUGAAUGUGAAGAACACACCCGUCCAGGCCUUCAGCAUCGAGUCCAAUAAUCUGGUUCUUAACCAGAUAACGAUUGACGACUCAGAUGGUGACGCAAACGGUGGUCACAACACCGAUACUUUCGAUGUUGGCGAGAGCAAUGGGGUGACCAUUCGUAAUGCUGUUGUGAUGAACCAGGAUGAUUGUCUGGCAGUCAACUCCGGCACGAACAUCGUCUUCACCGGAGGCACCUGCUCCGGCGGCCACGGACUGUCCAUUGGCUCCGUUGGCGGACGAGACGAUAACACCGUUAAGAAUGUGACCAUCUCAGACUCAACUGUGAAGGACUCGGAGAACGGAAUCCGUAUCAAGACCAACUCUGGAACUACCGGCUCUGUCUCUGGUGUUACUUUCUCGAACAUUCAGCUCUCCGGCAUCACUGAUUACGGAAUUGUAUUCGAGCAGGACUACGAGAACGGUGACCCGACUGGUACCCCUACCGAUGGCGUUCCCAUUACCGACUUGACAGUGGAGAAGAUCACUGGUACUGUUGAGAGUGAUGCGACUGAAGUCUAUAUUUUGUGUGCUGAUGGGGCCUGUUCAGACUGGACUUGGUCUGGCGUUAGUAUCACUGGUGGAUCGGCCAGUGAAGAGUGCGAGAAUGUGCCAUCCGGUGCAUCCUGCUAA